AUGGCCGGCCACAGCACCAUCCGCAGCCGUCCUGCGCUGCCGGCCCUGCCCCUCCUCGCCGCCGCCCUCCUCUUCACGGCGCUCGCCGCCCCUGCCGCCGCCCAGCAGAGCCUCACCCUGGGCGCCUGCCGUGGCUGCUCGCGCCGCUGCAACACCCAGAUUGACAUCGCCCAGACCGCCUAUACCAGCGCCCAGGACAUCAUCAAAACGCUGCAGACGCAGCUCAAGGCCGCCACCGCCGACGUUACGACCCUGCGCAGCCAAGCCGCCCAGUCGGCAGCCACCAUCAAGAUGCUCUCCGAGCAGCUCCAGGCGGCCACGCAGCCGCCGCCCGCCCCGACGCCCACACAGUCAACCGGGGACAACUGCACGGCGGCGCUGGCCGAUGCGCAGGCCGCCUCGGCCGCGCUGGCCGGCCAGCUGGCGGCCGCCACCAACGCCAGCACCGCCUGCGCCGCUGACCUGGCGAGCGCCCGCGCCACCAUCGCUGCCCUCAAUGCCACCAUCAACGCCACGCCGCCACCGCCACCGGUAGACAGCACCUGCCCGGCGCAGCUGUCGGCGGCGAACGCCAGCCUUGCGACAUGCUAUUCCGCCCUGGCUGCGGCGAACGCAAACAUCACCCAGCUUCAAGAGCAGCUGCGAGGCAUCCAGCUGAGCAACGCCGUCAGCGCAAACACCUGCGCCGGGGAGCUCUCCUCGUGCCAGUCUGGCCUGACCUCGUGCAACGCCCAGAAGACCCAGCUCCAGGCGCAGCUGCAGGCGGUGGGCAUGUCCUACGCCGGCCAGCUCAACAACUGCCAGUCCUCGCUGUACGGCUGCAACAACGCCCUAACCUCGUGUCAGCAGGCCGCGGGCCGCUGA